AUGGAGAUUCAAGAAGAUGAUAUUCAUUCACAUUGCAUACAAUGCAUAAAGCUCACAAAAUGUACAACUCCUUCCACACCUGGGGUAAGCUGUGAUAUAAUAAAUUGCCCUUCAGAGUGUGGAGCAAGAUUUCAUGCUUGCAAAGCCAAAGAGCACAAAUUAUUGUGCAUGAAUGAAAAGGUGCCCUGUAUUAAUGCAGAAUAUGGGUGUCCUGUGGUGCUCUGUCGCAAGUAUCGUGGUCGCCAUUUGUCAUCCUGUCCUGCAAGUAUAAUACAUUGCUCCAUUGAAUGGGAUCGAUGGCCUGUUCAUGUUCAUAAGGAUAGGCAAAGAACAUUGCGUAGUGAUGAGGAGUUGAGUCCUUCUUUGCAAAAGGAUUUGGAUGUUGCUCUUGCAAUGAGGGAUGAAAGAAUGCUAAGAAAAUGUUGUGUUGCAGCAGCCCAAGGACAAUCUCUUGCUGAUCAGAAAUUUACUAUCAGCUUGUCUAGUUCCUUAUGGAUUUUCAGAAAAUGGCAGAGUUCCAGGGAAAAUAGCUACCCUCCCGGACUUGAACAGAGUGUGUGUAAAGAAUUAUGUAAAACAUGUAACAGGACUGAAAAUUCUGUAAAUCCUCUUACAAAUGGAAUGAGCAAUAUGUCACGAACAAAUACAAUACUCGAUAAUUUUAGCAUUAAUGCCUACACAGAUAAGGACAGAAGUGAAAAUUCUAAUCAACAGAAGGAUGAAAUUAAUUUGACUGCUAAGCAAAAGUUCAAUGGUUGUGUUUCUACUGAGGAGCAUAAUGGUAAAUUGAAGUUACCACAGUAUAACCUUGAUGAUGUCCUCCAACUGAGUCAAUUUGGAACAAUCGUAUAUCAGUCAUCAGGUGAAGGUUCCAUCAGAGUGGCUAGAGACCCAAUUGAUUCCUUUGCGAACUUAUGUGAAGAUCAUCCAAACAUGGUGUGCCAGAUUUUAGACUUUAAGUUCAAAAAUCCGUCUUCAACUCCCCCUUGGUGUCUUUCAUUAGGAUUAGAUCUAAAUGUGGAAUCUCGGUCUCAGCAUGCACCUUCCAAUUUUAUGUAUACCUUCUUGUGUUCACAGGCUUUCCGAAGGGACGAAUAUGGAUGGCAUUAUAAAAAUAUCCACUCUGAAAUUCAUGGAGGUUUGAAUGGUUGGUUGGUUGAACGAUGUCCUUUAGCUCAGCAUGGAUGCAAAUUCUCAAGAAAGAAAUUCAACCCUGCCCCGAAGAACUCUUAUGUUGUAUAUAAUGAAGUCUUAGAAAGUUUUGGUGUUGCUUAUUCGUCAGAUGUGUCAGAAAAUAGCAGUACUGAUUCACACAGCCCAAAUAGUCAUUAUUCUACUGAUGCCAUUAAUUUGGUUAAUUUGCCUUUUGAUGUGUUGCAGCACAUAGUCCAUUAUCUAGACAGCUUCAGUUUAGCCAACUUGUCACUGACGUGUUCAGUACUACGUGAUGUUUGCUCAACAGUUUUAAGGGAUCAUGGUUUGGUCUGCUUAAAAUGGGAAAAACAUACAGAUGGCAACAAGUGCUGUUGGAAGCCAUCUAAAAAUAAAAGGUGGUUCUUCAGUUCACACAUUACGCCAAUCCAAGAAUGGACGUUUGAUGACCGAAACAACAUGAGUGAUCAUUUGAAAUCCUGCCCCUAUUUCAAUCCCAUGGUUCAUAAUACAGCUUUUGAUUACAUGAGAGGACCUAUAAAAGUACAUCCUGUAGUACCGAAAAGUGAUUUUUUAAUGGAAAUAUGUGAAGACACAACUAAACUUUGAUAAGUUUUUGGCAGCGCAGAGACUUUUCAAAAUAAAUAAAUAAAUUCCAUUAAAUUCAUUGAAAAUGCCACUUUUGAAUAUUUUUGGCUCAUUUAAUGAAUUUUAGGAAGUGUAACUAAUUGCAUUUUUGAGCAAGUUUUUUUUUCUUUUUUAUGCUUACAAUUUCCUAUAAUUUUAUCAGUUAGUGGUUAUUUGAUACUUUUAUAGUUUAGAACACACAAAGUAGUGUAAAAAAUGCAUGCAGUGGCGUAGUGCUAUCACUUUGUGCAUACGCACACAGUGUUUAUCAAUAAGUCCUUUGUUUUCUUGGUUCUUCCGACAAAGGCAAUAAAAUACAAUGAACCAUGCUGUUGAAGACACGUUGUUCUAUUUUAAUACUUGUAGUUGAUAAUUAUUGUAUUUUUCUGACUUGAAAAAGGCAUUUUAAAAAUAUUGCUUCUUAUUUAAAAUUUAAGAGGGUAGUGGUGUAGAAAAUUGUGUGAGAUUGGGGUCAGAACCACCUACCUAUAGAACACUAAAAAUAUAUACAAUUAAUAAAUGUAUAUGUAUGCAUACUUAGAUGCAUAAUGAUUUAUGAUGCCACCCCCCCCC